GCCCGAGACCCUGGCGCCCAGAUGCGACCGAACUAGGGGGCCCCGGGGCGCGCUGUGAGCGCUAAGAUGGCUGCUCGGGCUCGUGCCGAAUUCUUUGCUGACUUCAUAUUACCCGUAGACAAUUUGAGGAGUGAUGCAGACCAAGAAUCCUCCAAGACCCAGUUUUCAGAUGCUUCCAGUGUUGUGAAGAGAGGCCCGUCUGAAUUAUGUGUUUCUCAGACAGACUAGAUACCUGCUAACCAUGGAUAGGUGCAAGCACGUUGAGCAGCUGCAGCUUGCUCAAGGCCAUUCCAUCCUGGACCCUCAGAAAUGGUACUGUAUGGUCUGCAACACAACCGAGUCGAUCUGGGCUUGCCUCAGCUGUUCCCACGUGGCCUGUGGGCAGUAUAUCCAAAAGCACGCACUGAAGCACUUUGAAGAAAGCAGCCAUCCCGUUGCAUUCGAGGUGAACGACAUGUACGUUUUCUGUUAUCUCUGUAACGAUUAUGUCCUAAACGAUAACGCCGCUGGAGACCUGAAGUCACUACGGACUACACUAAGUGCAAUCAAAGGUAAAAAUUACCCUUGUGUGGUUCAGAGUGACUCGGUUUUACAUCCUGUGGAUACACAGGACGAUUCUUACUCCUUACACGACGGCACCCAAUCUCUGCCUGGGAAUGAAGAUCCAAUGUGCACUGCCCUCUGGCACAGGAGACGGGCGCUCAUGGGGAAAACCUUUCGAACUUGGUUUGAGCAGUCACCGACUGGAAGAAAAAGGCAAGAGCAAACUCAGGAGAGGGCGGUAGCAAAAAGAGAAGCGAAGAGAAGGCAGCAGGAGAUAGAGCAGAUGAAAGCCGAGCUGGAAAGCACACCCCCGCGAAAGAGUUUACGCUUACAAGGCCUGUCUGAGGCAGCGACGAUCGAAAUCGUCCCAGUGCAGGUACCGCCACCACCUCCAGCAUCCCCAGCAAAGGAUAAAGCCGCGCUACCUACCUCCGAAGACGGAAAGCUUAAAAACAUAAGUGACUCCUUAAUCAAACGAAGGCCAGCAGUAACUCCUGGUGUAACCGGACUGAGAAAUUUAGGAAACACUUGCUAUAUGAAUUCUGUUCUUCAAGUGUUGAGUCAUUUACUCAUUUUUCGACAAUGUUUUUUAAAGCUGGACCUGAACCAAUGGCUAGCUGUGGCUGCCAGCGAUAAGGCCCGAUCCUAUAAGCACUCAGCCGUCACGGAUGCGGCGGCAGCACAUCAGAUGAACGAAGGGCCAGAGAAAGAGAAAGGCUUCCCGUGCUCCAGACUUUCGGGUUUAUCAUCAGGCCUAAGUGGAGGGGCCUCAAAAGGGCGGAACAUGGAGCUUAUUCAGCCGCGGGAGCCCAGCUCACCAUACAGUUCUCUCUGCCAUGAAUUACAUACCCUGUUCCAAGUCAUGUGGUCUGGAGAGUGGGCCUUGGUCUCGCCGUUUGCUAUGCUUCACUCAGUGUGGAAGCUGAUCCCUGCUUUCCGUGGUUACGCCCAGCAAGAUGCUCAGGAAUUUCUUUGUGAACUUCUGGAUAAGAUACAACGUGAACUUGAGACAACCGGAACCAAGUUACCAGCCCUCAUCCCCACAUCCCAAAGAAGACUUAUUGAGCAAGUUCUGAAUGUUGUAAAUAACAUUUUUCACGGACAACUUCUUAGUCAGGUUACAUGUCUUGCUUGUGAGAACAAAUCAAAUACUAUAGAACCAUUCUGGGACUUGUCACUGGAAUUUCCAGAGAGAUACCAAUGCAGUGGAAAAGAUGUUACCUCCCAGCCUUGUCUGGUUACUGAUAUGUUGGGUAAAUUUACAGAAACAGAAGCUUUAGAAGGGAAAGUCUACGUGUGUGACCAUUGUAACUCAAAGCGUAGAAAGUUUUCGUCAAAACCAGUUGUACUCACAGAAGCCCAGAAACAGCUUAUGAUAUGCCACCUACCUCAGGUCCUCAGACUGCACCUCAAACGGUUCAGAUGGUCAGGACGUAAUAACCGAGAGAAGAUUGGCGUUCACGUUGUCUUUGAGGAAACCCUAAACAUGGAACCCUAUUGCUGCAGGGAGACCCUGAACGCUCUCAGACCAGAGUGCUUUAUCUAUAAUUUAUCUGCUGUCGUAAUCCAUCACGGAAAAGGAUUUGGCUCAGGACACUACACUGCCUACUGCUACAAUUCUGAAGGAGGGUUCUGGGUACACUGCAACGACUCCAAGCUAAGCAUGUGCACUAUGGAAGAAGUACGCAAGGCCCAAGCUUAUAUCUUAUUUUAUACUCAGCGAGUUACUGAGAACGGACAUUCGAAACUCUUGCCUCCUGAGCUCCUGUCCAAUAGCCAACAACACCCCAGUGAAGAAACCGAUGCCUCUAAUGAAGUCCUUAGCUGAUCCAGACAGUGGGCUCUCGUUAUUUGUAUAUAUACUUUUUAAAUGGGCUGACUUACGAUGCUGGGCUUCAUUGUUUUUAUUCUGUAAUUAUGAUCAGUGCCUGCUGUGUUUAGACAUUGUGUAUUUAACUACAAAGGUUUUUUUUUUUUUUUUUUUUUACAGAGACAAAACUAUAAAUGUAUGUAUAUCAACUAUAGGUCAACUAAACUUUUUUCAAAUAUUUGAGUUUUAUACUUUUAGUGUUUACCUCAGACUAUUAUUACCUCUUAUAUUUUGAUGUCUUAAUUGCCUCAAAUCAUGAAUUUGUGCAACCUACUAAAGAAAUUCAGGUGGCAUCAUUUUCUAUAUAUUGUCACUUAUUUAUCUUUUGUAGCUGUUUUCUAUACAGAUUCUAACUACAUGGGAAGGAGAUGCUCUUCACAGAUUGACUAAGAAAAGAAAGCCAUUGGUGUACUGACUCCAGUUCUGCCCCCUCGGAGGUAACUAGAUUGGAAGUGAAAUGCUGAAGUAUCACCUAGGUCCAGUCAUUCCUGAGGCUUCAUGCUUCUACAGGGCUCAGAAUAGACUUAAUACAGAUACUGGUCUUUCACUACAACAUUUAUUGCUUCCAUAACUGUCCUUUAUUGAGCACAAAUUCAAAAUGAAAAUGGCAGAUUUACAAAUGGUAUACUAUAAUGAACUUUGGAACUAUGGGCAAUGAAAAAAAAUAGUUCUAAUAAAGCAGUCACAAAAUUUUGAAUUUAGCAAACCAGUAUAUUAUGAUUAUAAUACAAAUGUAGUUUAUCUUGAGAAGUGAGUUUUAUGUUUAAUUAUUUUAGAUCUCUUAAGUACUUGAGAUCUCUGUUAGUUACAUGGAAUAUGUAUGGGAGAAUGUAUAAGGCGGAGAAGACAGCGGUUCAAGCAUGGCACCUGGGGUGUUACAUCUAAGAUCUCAUUUUUCUUGAAGUAAACUAAGCCUGACUCUUGCUAGGAUUAAGUGACCACUGGGAAUCUCUUAGGACCCUGGCCCCUCUUUAAAAAACAGUAAAGUGAUCUAAACUUACAUUUACUGAAAGCAAGAGAGAUUUCUGCUUUGUUCUAAAGAAAGCUUUCUAGGUCUUACGGAGCUCUGCUGCCUGCCACCAUGGCCACCGCCACCCAACCAGCUCAGAAAGGGGGCUCCACCAACCUACAGAUCCCAAGGUACCUGUUAGCCACUGGGAGAGGGUUUUUUCCGUUCUUGCUAAAUAAAGUGACUUUAUUUACAGCUUCUGUGCCAGGAAGAGUUAGUUGUCUUUAGCACAGACUUCUGAAAGGAGUGUCACCUGGAGCAGGCAGCUUAUCACAAACUCCAACAAAAACGCCAUCAACCUACAGAAGAAUCAUUUGUGCCAAAAAUAUAGCUGGAGUAUAUUAGGUCUGAAAGUGCUCACUUACCCAACACGUAUGCAAACUGUUGCAUCAACUGUUAAAUAUACCUCAUUAAAGAUUUGUGAUAAAGGUA